GCCCGUCUCUGUGGUAGUGGGUCCCGGGGCCCCGCCCCUGCCCGGCCGGCAGCCUGCUGUUCCGACUCCAGCCCGAGCCGACCCUAGAGGGCCCGGCUCCUGCGUGGGUCGGAUCCUAGGUCAUGGCGGUCUCUGGUCCUGCGCGCAGAGCUGGCGCCAGGCCCAGGUUAGAUCUGCAGUUUCUCCAGCGGUUCCUGCAGAUACAGAAGGUUUUGUUUCCAGCUUGGUCCUCACAGAAUGCUUUGAUGUUCCUGACCCUUUUGUGUGUGGCCCUACUGGAACAACUGGUGAUCUACCGGGUUGGCCUGAUCCCCAGUCAGUACUUUGGGGUCCUGGGAAGCAAAGACUUAAAUGGGUUUAAGACCCUGACAUUCCUGGCUGUCAUGCUUAUCAUCCUCAACUCCAUGCUGAAGAGUUUCAACCAGUUCAUCAGCAGCCUGCUGUACGUGAGCUGGAGGAAGGACCUCACCGAGCACCUUCACCACCUCUACUUCCGGGGCCGCGUGUACUACACCCUCAAUGUGCUGCGGGAUGACAUCGACAACCCGGACCAGCGCAUCAGCCAGGACGUGGAACGGUUCUGCCGGCAGCUCAGCAGCAUGGUCAGCAAGCUGAUCAUCUCCCCCUUCACCCUCGUCUACUACACCUAUCAGUGCUUCCAGAGCACCGGCUGGCUUGGGCCCGUGAGCAUCUUCGGGUAUUUCAUCGUGGGAACCAUGGUGAACAAAAUGUUGAUGGGUCCCAUCGUGGUGAAGCUGGUGCAGCAGGAGAAGCUGGAGGGGGAUUUCAGGUUCAAGCACAUGCAGAUCCGGGUGAAUGCUGAGCCUGCUGCUUUUUUCAGAGCUGGGCACGUGGAGCAUGUGAGGACAGACCGCAGGCUGCAGAGACUCCUUCGGACCCAGAGGGAGCUGAUGUCCAAGGAGCUGUGGCUGUACAUCGGCGUCAACACGUUUGACUAUCUGGGCAGCAUCCUGAGUUACGUCGUGAUCGCCAUCCCCAUCUUCAGCGGUGUCUAUGGAGACCUGAGCCCCACGGAGCUCAGCACCCUGGUCAGCAAGAACGCCUUCGUAUGCAUGUACCUCAUCAGCUGCUUCACCCGGCUCAUCGACCUGUCCACCCCGCUCUCGGAUGUGGCUGGUUACACACACAGGAUCGGGGAGCUUCGGGAGACCCUGCUGGACUUGGCCCUGAAGUCGCAGGAGGGGGAGAUCCAGGACGAGAGCACAUGGGACUUGGCCAGGGCCCCGGGAUGGCCAGCAGUAGAGCCAACAGGUACAGCUUUUCUCCUUGAGCAGGUGUGCAUCUCUGCCCCCUCCUCUAACAAACCCUUAAUCAAGGAUCUAAGCCUGAAGAUCUGCGAGGGGCAGAGCCUGCUCAUCACGGGCAACACAGGCACUGGCAAGACCUCCUUGCUCCGGAUUCUGGGAGGCCUCUGGGCAAGCCCACUCGGCUCAGUGCAGAUGCUAACAGACUUUGGACCCCAUGGGGUGCUAUUCCUGCCACAAAAGCCAUUCUUCACUGACGGGACCCUUCGGGAGCAGGUGAUAUACCCCUUGAAGGAGAUCUACCCGGACUCAGGUUCUACUGAUGACGAGAGGAUCAUGAGGUUCUUGGAGCUGGCAGGCCUGUCCAGCUUGGUGGCAAGGACAGAGGGUCUGGACCAGCAGGUCGAUUGGAACUGGUAUGAUGUUCUGUCCCCAGGAGAGAUGCAGAGGCUCUCCUUUGCCCGGCUCUUCUACCUGCAGCCCAAAUACGCAGUGCUUGAUGAAGCCACCAGUGCCCUGACCGAGGAGGUGGAGAGCGAGCUCUACCGCAUUGGCCAGCAGCUGGGCAUGACAUUCAUCAGCGUGGGACAUCGGCGCAGCCUUGAGAAGUUUCACACCUUGGUUCUGAAGCUCUGUGGAGAAGGCAGGUGGGAGCUGACCAGAAUCAAAGUGGAAUGAAGCCAAGGCUGGCCACUGGAUGGGGAGCCGAGCUUGGGGAGGUCAAGUCCCCAGGAGCGACCCGGAGGGCUGAUGGGGCGAGGAGCGAGCCCCGGUUUGCCUCAGGUCCUGUGUGGGGAGUGCUGGCAGCAGUGGGCUCAGCCAGCACAUGGCCCCUGUGGGCCACUUGGUCCUGCCAGGGUCCCCCCACCUCCGCUGCUGCCUAGCCAGAGCUUCGGACACCUGAAGUGCUGAUACUUACAAAUCACCUCAGAUCAUGUUUUCUUAAAAAAAAAAACAAAAGCCCUGAAAAUGUGGGGGGUGGUCUAUAAGAAA